UUUGAUUAAUGAACAUGACAAGCACAGGACAAAAACACGAGCUUUGAAUCAAGGUUUUGAAGAAACUGGAUCUUGUAGAGCUGCUGUCUUCAUACGUCAAUGCCUCGGAGUAAAGAUUUUUAAAAAUCAGCUGGUCUCUGACAAUCACUUUUAAGUAAUUUCUGAGCAACAAUCCAAAAUCGGAGGCCUUGCUUUUAAAUUGAUGCUUAAGGUUGAGACUAAAGAUUUUCACCUUGAUGUUUGCAAGAGAUGUUAGGACUGUUGUAAGUCUAACCGAAGGAACUUUCAAGACACCAUCAUAUUCAUCAUGCAUCUAGAGGUGAAGGUUGCAUUGAACUUCAUAGUGUCCUACUUAUACAACAAGCUCCCACGCCGUAGGGCGGAUCUGUUCGGUGAGGAGUUGGAGCGUAUCCUGGUGUCCCGCUUUGAAGGGCACUGGUACCCUGAGGCUCCUUUACGUGGUUGUGCCUUCCGCUGCCUCCAUCUGGGAGCUCCUGGGGACCCUGUGGUGGAGCUGGCAGCCAGGAGGAGUGGUCUGGACACCGAAGAGGUCCGUACCAACGUUCCCCCAGAGCUCUGCAUCUGGAUCGACCCCUAUGAAGUGUCCUACCAGAUUGGGGAGAAGGGUGCAGUGAAAGUCCUCUACACGGAGGAUCUUCCAGGUUUAGGGGGCAAUGCUGAAAGGUCUGACAUUGCUUUCAAAGGAGACGUGGAGUUUGAGGACAUCAAAAGUGUGGGCUUUAAUCCAGAUGCUCAGGUGUUCAUACCCAUUGGUGGCCAGGUGUCGCCGGUCAUGCUACCCUCACUCUCCAGUUCGCCAACUCCUCUUUCUACCUCGUCUUGCCAAGGACUCUUUGGCUACGCCACUCCCAGCACUCCCACCAAUCCCAGUUCUCAUUCCUCCAAUACAUCCUCCCCAUCGCCACCAAAUGCUGGUCUUUUGUACUCUACACCCAACCCCCGGCCCACACCUCAACCUAUCACCUUCACCACAGCCAGCUUUGCCGCCACCAAAUUUGGCUCCACCAAGAUAAAGAAGUACGGGAACCCCGGUGUUGCUUCCGGUUCUGGCGUCACCACGGCCCCGCAACAGAGGAUUAUCACGUGCUCCCCUAGCACCAUCUCCCCACCGGGACUGGUCAAGCACAAACCCCUUUCCCUCUCCAUGCACUCUCUAGCUGGUCCCAUCCCAAGCCAACUGUCUCCUAAUGCCAAAGAGUUUGUGUUUCCCACUUCCCAGAGGCCCAUCUACUUUGACGUUGAAGUUCUGCCAAUGACGCCAUUUCAGGCUCCACAACCACACGCCUCCUUCGAUCCAUUCUCUACUCCACAACCAGGUCAGGCUGUGGGAAUCAUUGGAGGCAACAGUGGAAUUUCCUUCAUGGAUAAACCUCCAUUCGUGGAAGGACUCGGAUACAACAUGCAGUAUUCCGGCCAGGCCUUCCAACCUGUGGUCUUGGCCAACUAAAGUCUCAGAGUCAAAGAGAUCCCAAUGCUGAAACACUUUCCUUGAGGACAUUUUUUCCCCCUCCAUGAAUCACUGUUACUACCACCAUGUUAAAUGAAGAGUAUUAUCACUACUAAUUGAGUAUAACUUGUGAUUGUUAUUUUUCCGUUAAUUUGUUUCUCGUUUCAUGAUGUUGUUUAUUUAUGAAUUGACUAUCUCUUGGAGUGACCAGCCUCCUGUUGCACAGAUAUUUGUGUUUGUUGUUUUCAGUAAUGAGUCACUUUAUUGCCCAAAUGUUUGUCUUUAUAAUCUUUGGUUAAUGCUACUUUUUAAAAUUGAUUCUGGGAAAAAAGCUUAUAUUCUUAGAGAAGAUUCUAGAUGCUUAAAAGGGAUUUUUGGGAUGGUGUUUAUGUUCAGAAACAUGACACACUGAUUACAGCCGUGGUAACAGUUCGGUCACACCUCGGUUGUCAUAAUUGUGGAUUAAUGCUAAUUUUAUGACAUGUUCUCUGAACCGACGUGGGUCUGGUGCUCUUGAGCUGAUGAUUAAGAGGCAGCUCAUAUCUGAUAUGUUGGAUUAGUUUUAUAGUUCUCCUUUUCAGUUUGAACACAUUGAGCCAAAUCCUGAUGAAACCAGCCAUAAUUUAUACCUGUUUCUAGUGAGUCAGAUUGGGAAUUGAUGUAUAUUUUAAUAUUCUGGCAGAUCUGGUAAAUUCAGACACCGUAGACUAAAUGAUGGUUUGCUGGGUUGUUGUGACUUUGAUUGGUUCUGCUGUAGGACUGUUGUGUCAUUCUGACUGCAGUGAUUGUGUUUAAUGAAGCGUUUUAUUGCGCUAGGAUAGAGGCUGGUGUUCUAGAAUCAUCCUGAAGGUAGGAGCCAAUGCUGGCUUCCUUUAUGACAUCACUUCCCCCUCAGCGUACCGCUCCAUCCAGCCGCCCUGCACUUUACGCACAGGACCUAUGGAAACUCCCACAAUGCCUCACAAUAAACACUACAUGCUAGAUGCUAAAGGUUCUUUACUCACCCUUUAAUGGCCAAUUAUGGCUUAACUAUAGCUUGGUAAUGUAGUUUAAAGAUUGUAUCAAAUGAAGAACUUUCGAAGAUGUUUGGGCGAGACUGUACUUCUUGUGAUGUCCUUCCUCGACGUUUGAAAAGUGAACAUCAGAGUCAUGAAUAUUCAUUUGUUUCCAUUGGCUUCAUUUGGGGUGGGCAGGGUUUAGAUUUCUCUAUUAAUGCUUUGGCUGGGUGUAUUUUUACAUUUGUUUGUAAUUUAUUUACAAGUUUUCUAUGCUUUUUUUUUUUUUUUUUUUUUUUUUCCUAAGAGUUCUCUAUGGCAUUUAUAAAGCAAAUUAAGAGAUAUAUAUGAUGACACUAAUAUGUAUAUAUUUCUUAUGUUCCAGAUCUUUUGUUUAGUUUCUUACGUGCUGAAGUUAUUUUUUCAGAACUAACUAUAAGAAUAUAAAUAUAUAUAUGCAAGAUGAAAUGACUAAUAAAGUUUGUUUAACGAA